AUGGCUCGUUCAUUCGCCUUCGCUGUCGCUUUAGCCGCGCUUGCCGUCAUCUGCGCCGUUUCGUCCGUUAGCGCGAUAACCGCCGCGCCAGGAACAACGCCAGCUCCGAACGCCAAGGGAAUUCCGGCAACAGGAACGGGAGCGGCGCCGAAGCCGAAGGCAGGGCCGCCGCCGACGAGGACGCAGCUGCGCGCCGAGCUGAAGAAGCUGUCGGCGACAAUCACCAAGAAGUACCCGAAAUACGCCAAGUACUCGACGCAAGUCAACAAGGCCAUCAAUGUCGCCCUGAACUCCAAGUACAACUUGACGGCGCUGCAGAGCGCUACGAUUCUGCUGAUGAACGACGUGGUGGCGGACCGCCUGUCGCUGCGCUUCAAGGGCAAGAAGAUCCCCAACGACGCGGCAUACAACUUGACGGCCGUGCAGAUCAUCGCGAGGCGCCUCACGCUGCCGGAUCUGCAGGCGAUCAAGAAGGGCCAGCUGCUGCCGACGCAGCUCAAGGGGGUCAGCCUCGUGAAGAUGUCGCCGGCGGGGCCGAAGGUGGUGCUGGGGCAGCAGGGCCUGGCGAGGCCGACGUGGAGCACGGUGCUGGACCCGCAGAUGUACGUCGGCCCGUACUUCGUCGCGCACGGUGUUGAUAACCCGCAGUUCCCCGUGGGCACCAAGCUCCCCGCUCGAUCGCGCGGAUCAGCUCUCGGUCAGCUUCCGUGUGUUGAUCGAUCAGACAUGGCGGAGCAGAAGAAGGGGUCGGUGUGGGGUUCCGUGAAGCCGUUCGUGAAUGGCGGAACGGCUGGUAUGAUGGCCACCUGCGUGAUCCAACCUAUCGACAUGGUUAAGGUCCGGAUCCAGUUGGGCCAGGGCUCGGCGUUUGAAGUUACAAAGAAUAUCAUUCAGAAGGAGGGUGUGGCGUCCUUCUACAAGGGUUUGUCUGCGGGUCUUCUCCGACAAGCCACAUAUACCACCGCUCGCCUUGGAUCGUUCAGGUAUCUCACCACGGAGGCCACCAAGGCCAACGACGGCAAGCCCCUGCCGCUCUACCAGAAGGCGGCGUGCGGGCUGACGGCGGGCGCCAUCGGCGCGUGCUUCGGCAGUCCCGCGGAUCUCGCACUCAUCCGCAUGCAGGCGGACUCCGUGCUCCCCGCGGCGGAGCGCCGUGGGUACAAGAACGCGAUUCACGCUCUAACGCGUAUAGCGGCGGACGAGGGCGUGACGGCGCUGUGGAAGGGCGCGGGCCCCACGGUGGUUCGUGCGAUGGCGCUGAACAUGGGCAUGCUGGCGUCGUACGAUCAGAGCAUGGAGUACUUUAAGGACACGCUGCAGCUUAAGGAGAUCCCCGCUGUUAUCGGCGCGAGCGCAGUAUCUGGAUUCUUCGCGUCUGCGUGCAGUCUGCCGUUCGACUACGUGAAGACGCAGAUUCAGAAGCAGAAGCCGGGGCCGGACGGCAAGCUGCCGUACAGCUCCUCCAUGGACUGCGUCGUGCAGACGCUCAAGCAGGGCGGCCCCCUCAAGUUCUACACCGGCUUCGCCACCUACUGCAUACGUAUUGCGCCGCACGUCAUGCUGACUUGGAUCUUCCUCAACCAAAUCCAAAAGCUUCAGAAGGCCAAUGGCUUGUAG